UUUGACCUGAAAGAGUAGUGGGCGUCCGUCUGACCUGGUUUGGCGUGGCAGUCAGUCUCAAGCCAGAAGAGAGAGAAACAGAAGAGAAGGUGCCCAUUAGCCCAACCCAUACCUACUGAAACUCCUCAAGCGCAGUCCCUCUCCUUCUCUCUCUCUCAUAGCCAUCAUUAGAAUCAGUCCACCAUCGUUAUCGUCUUCGUCCCCAUCACUAUAUCCUCCCUCUCUCACUUGUUGUUUCUGUUCUUGUUGUAAAGAAACACUGACUGGAAUCUCUACUAUCUCCCCAACGGAUCCAACCCACCGUCUGGUUUGUUUUGAGUUUGCGGGAUUUUGUGAGGUUAGAUUUUGGAAGUCAAAUUGCCAGAAUUGAAGAACCUAUUUGUGCACGGCUAAAUGUUGUUAUUAACUGAUUGAGGAAGGCUAUGAGUUGCUAAGAAGUAACUUCACUGCGAUUCUUGAAUUUCCUGGUUAUUGAUUUUCGAAGCAUUUGUAAAUGUUUCGAACUUCUGGGUUUCGUACGGGAAGCACUUGGCAUUGCUGAUGCAAUGGGUGGGCUUUGCUCCAAGAGAGCCACUGAAGAUGGCUUUACCACUCACAACUUUCCACGCGUUAAUGGUCAUUUUGUUAUUGGUUCUAGAAUGGUUCAUCAGUCCCGUGGUGUGGCGGUAGCCACCACGAAUAGUAAUCAGACCCCAUCUCCAGUGGGGGAAACCCUGGAAAAGCAAUUAGGAGAACCCUUUUCGUUUCCGGAGUUGAAUGCAAUUUCAGAUGGGGUAAAUGCAAAUGAUAUCGAUGAUGGGAUUCCGCGUUUGUCUAGGGCUUUAUCGAACAAAUCAAGAUCUACGAGGUCUAAGCAGGCUGCUGUUGCAAAGGUUUCAGAAGUCAGUUCGCUUUUGGGCAGAGCAGGUACUGCUGGGCUUGGAAAGGCAGUAGAAGUUCUGGAUACACUUGGUAGUAGCAUGACGAAUUUGAGCCUCAGUGGUGGUUUUGUUUCGGGAGUAACCACAAAGGGAAAUAAAAUCUCAAUAUUGGCUUUUGAAGUAGCGAACACAAUUGUUAAGGGUGCGAACCUUAUGCAAUCUCUUUCAAAGGAAAGCAUUAGACAUUUGAAGGAGGUGGUGCUUCCUUCAGAAGGCGUGCAGCGUUUGAUAUCGAAAGAUAUGGAUGAACUCCUUAGAAUUGCUGCGGCUGACAAGAGGGAUGAAUUGAAAGUUUUCUCUGGGGAAGUGGUCCGUUUUGGAAAUCGUUGUAAAGAUCCUCAGUGGCACAACUUGGACCGUUACUUUGAGAAGCUGGGCUCAGAACUUGUACCCCAAAAGCAACUGCAAGAAGAAGCAGAAACUGUGAUGCAACAAUUGAUGACCUUGGUCCAGUAUACUGCCGAACUGUAUCAUGAGCUACAUGCCUUGGACAGAUUUGAACAAGAUUAUCGGCGCAAGCUUCAGGAAGAGGAUAACUCAAAUGCUGCUCAAAGAGGAGACACCCUUGCAAUAUUAAGGGCCGAGUUGAAGAGCCAAAGGAAGCAUGUGAAAAGUUUGAAAAAGAAAUCACUUUGGUCCAGGAUUUUGGAAGAGGUAAUGGAGAAACUUGUAGACAUCGUCCAUUUUUUCCACUUGGAAAUCCAUGAUGCUUUUGGUAGUGCCGCUGGAGAUAAGCCAGUCAAAAACUAUGGCCAGAAAUUGGGAUCUGCGGGUCUUGCAUUGCAUUACGCAAAUAUAAUUUCCCAAAUUGAUACAAUUGUAACCCGAUCAAGUUCCGUCCCGCAAAAUACAAGGGAUACACUAUAUCAAGGACUCCCUCCUAGUAUAAAGUCGGCUUUGCGCUCCAAGUUGAUGAUGUUUCAGCUCAAGGAAGAGCUCACUGUUCCCCAAAUCAAAGCUGAAAUGGAGAAAACAUUGCACUGGCUUGUUCCCAUUGCCACAAACACAACCAAAGCUCAUCAUGGCUUUGGCUGGGUUGGAGAAUGGGCAAAUACUGGGUCUGACGCGAGCAAGAAGCCAGCUGGGCAGUCCGACUUGAUCCGAAUCGAAACCCUACAUCAUGCCGAUAAGGACAAAGCUGAAGAUUAUAUCCUGGAAUUGGUGGUUUGGCUCCACCAUCUUGUUAGCCAAUCAAGAGCUGCCACCGGUGGCGGGAUCAGGUCACCUGUUAAAUCCCCAAUUCGAUCCCCAAAUCAGAAGACAAUUCAAUUAUCCACUCAUAAAUCAAGCUCUUCAUCGCCCACGCUAUCUGUGGAAGAUCAAGAGAUGCUUAAGGAUGUAAGUAAGAGGAAACUGACACCUGGAAUAAGCAAGAGUCAAGAAUUCGAUACUUCCAAAAUCAGGUUAAGCAAGCAUCACCGUUUGAGUAAGAGUAGUAGCCACUCACCGAUUAGUGAAAGGAAGAAGGAUCCUUUCCCCAUCAGAAGGCCAUCAUCGGUACCUAUCAUUGAUUUUGAUAUUGACCGUAUCAAAGCCUUGGAUGUCAUUGAUCGUGUGGACACGAUUCGAAGAGUGUUGAGCAAGUGAUGGUGUCUAACACUUAUGCAACAAGUCUACUGGCACAUAAUAAACCACUGAAUGGGGUCCGGACUCGUUUAAGAUGAAUGCAGUGUUGUGCUUACUGCAUUUCUGGUUUAUUCUGUGUUUUGUGGACUUGUUUUUCAUGUGGGGGUUCUUUAACUUGGUUGCAAGGGAGAUCUGAUGCCAUGUGAGAUUUGUUUGACGGUGACAAGAGAUGUAAGGCUUUUCCCAGUGUUUUGCAUGUGAUUUUUCCAAAUUGAUCACCGGGUGGAUAUGUGUAAUCCGAUGGCAUAUUGAUAGUUGAGAGAUCGAUUGGGUAAUGGGUGUCGAGCGAGUUGUCUUCAUUUCCGCUGUAUGUAUGUACAGAAUGCUCUGCAAUCUUUGAAUAAUUAAUAGUUAUGGUUCUGUUUCUUCUCUUCGA